ACCAGUGCAAAUACACGAAUUCUCUAUAACACUACUAGAUACAAUCUUGACUGUUUGUAUAUUAUUGUAUUGUGUCUUGUCAUCGUAUUUGGAAAAGUUACCUCAUUAUUUUAGUAUUAUACGCCAACUGACGAACAACUGCCACAGCUUAUGAUACACCGAUGUAUUAUAACUAAUCUUAAAAAUUUUCUUGGAGUUUAUUGUGACUGGUUGUUUUUGUGACGAACAAUUACUUAAUUGGAUUGAAAUCCUGUUGAUACCAAACCUCGAUAAUUAUAUCAAGGAAGAAGAUGUUGUCGGACGAACGUUUCAAAUUUGCCCUCGAAAGCCUGAAGAAAUGUACAUUGAUGGAACCGAAACAAAACAUUUUCUUCAGCCCGCAUCUCAUAUACCAUGAUCUACUCAUGGUGUACUUCGGAGCUAGCGACGAUAUCGAGAAUUCUCUUAGAACAGUCCUUUACAUUCCCGAUGGUAUUUCAAAAGCCAUCCUACAACAACACUAUGUUUGUAUGGAAGGCGAACGGUUCUGUUACGCUAUGAAGGGAAUCCUAGACUCCUACAAGUGUCGAAUCUACAAUAAGCUUUGGCUAAGGAACUCUGAAUGUCUGAAGCCUGAAACAUCGAAUUUAUUUUUGCAUGACCAUGAGACUAUGGCCAAUAGCGAUUUCGAGUCUUCUCCCGACAUAGCUAGGUUACAGAUCAACUGCGAUAUUGCCAUCAAAACGAAAGGCACAAUAACAUGCAUGCUAACACCGGACAUUAUCGACAGCAACACUAACAUAGUUCUGACGAGCAUGAUCUAUUUGAGUGCAUCAUUACUUAUUGUUAGUAGUUCAGAAUAUUUUACAUUAAAUGCAGUUGACGGCUCCUCUAAUUAUAAUGAAAAACUUGAAUGUGACAAGGAACCUAGCACCAGUAGUGGUAAAAACACGAUGGAUGAAAGAGAAUUCGCGUACAAAAUUUUGAAUGAAGAACUUGUUAAACUGGGGUUACAAUCCGAUGUAUAUUUCUCGAAUAUUUAUCUCGGAUAUAAAAUAUCGAUGCUUUUCAUAAGUACAAAGUCAUUGGCACCCAAACCAGAGGUAAACGUAGAAAGUGCAGAAAUAGAGCAAGACAAAAUUAUUAAUUUGAUACAACUAUUGACGACCGAAGAAGCGUCUCGUUACCUGCGCCUUGUUCUAGAGAAGGGAUUGCCAUAUCAAAGUACCAUAUUUACAUCAUUCCACUUUGAGGAAUAUCUGCCGAUAUACAAGCUGUUGGAGAUGCUGAAUGUUCCAGGAUUUAUGUCAUCCGGUCCUAUCAAUUUACCCGGGUUCGGUGACGACGUGACGUUCGGCAAUGCUGUGCAUCAAGUUAGAAUUGAAAUGACGAAUUCUAAUUUCGAGGCCGCCGCGAGUAAUGCAUUCUUCAACGGCAACUCUUCUACACACGUGCAGACGACAGACAUUCCUGAGGAUAUCGACGUUCCGAGUAUCUGUUUAAUCUAUGAUAAAGCAAAUCGUAACAUCCUUUUCUGUGGCAUAUUAUGGAGUCGGAAGGAUUGUCCAGUCUCCAUGGUUUAAAUAUCAUGCAAUAACGUUGUGGAAGUUUGCGUACCCGAAAUGAGUAGUCGAAUCGGAGUCGAUUUGAUGUCAAUGCGUAAAAAAUACCCAGCGAGAAAUGACUCGACGAUACAUGUAAAACUAUGUCGAAUCCGGAUCAAUUUAUUGGUGCUGCAGUCGAAUCGACAUCGUUCGAUAUCGUUCGACGGAUAAUUUCUCACGGGGUAGUCGAAUAAUGGUUGAAAA